AUGCGCCCCUCAGUCCGUCGCCUGGCCGAGGCUACCAACCCCAGCCGCACCCUCGGCCGUCACGCCCCCAUGCCACUCCUGCCGCCUAUCCCUCUGUAUCGUCGCCUGCUCCGCGCCCAUCGCAAGUUUCUGCCCGCCGAGAUGCGCCUCCUCGGAGACGAGUACAUCAAGUCUGAGUUCAGGGCGCACCGAGAGGUUGAAAAUCCCGCCCACCUGAUUGGGUUCCUCUCAGAGUGGCAGCUGUACGCGCAACAGAUUGAGGGCGAAUCCUGGGUCGGAGAGAAGAUUGCGCCGGGCAAAUUCGAGAAGCUGAGUGACGACCAGGUCGGCCAGCUGUAUGAGCUCAUGAUGGCCAUCAAGAAGCGACACCAAGAAGGUGGCGGCGAGUCAGAGGCGUGA